GCGCACCCCCCCACCCCCCCCACCCCCGUCCCGCCCGGAAGUGACAAAACCGCCCAUUGCCCCACGCGACAUGGGCGGAAGUGACGUCAGCCCUGCCGCGUCGCUGCGCGUGGCGCUGGCGGGGGCGUGGCACGUGGUGCGUGGGCGGAGCCUGUGCCAGUUCCCCCGGGUGCUGGGGCUGCUGGAGGCCACGGGCCGGGCCGCCCCCGGUGCCCUUCGCUUCCGUCACGGCGCCCGGCUGCGCCUGGGCCUGCAGGCCGCUGUGGUGGUGCGGAUGCUGCAGGAGGCCCAGCCCGACGGGAAGAUCUUUGACGCCAUCGAUUCCUUCUUCCCCGAGGGGGAGGCAUCGGCCGCCGGCUACGGCCAGGCCACUCCCCAGGAGCUGGCGAUGGUGGCAGAGGCGCAGGAGAGCUUCCGCGAACUGGUGCUGGCACUGCUGGCGGACCGCGGGCGGCGGAGGGCGUACCUCCAGUGCUUCCCAGUUCCCGCAGGGCCCGGCGGGGCAGGAGUACGGGGAGCCGUUCCUGCAGGCGUUGGAGCGUCUGUUCUACGAGUUCCUGCAGCGCGUGGAGAGCGCCCUGCCCCCCCCGGAUCUGAGCCAGCUGCGUGAGGUGGUGUGGAGCCACGCCCCCCCCGGGAUUGGUCGUCGCGACCUGCCAAUCCUGAGCCGGUACCUGGUGGAUAUGGGACACGCCCACUGCGGCCCCAUACCCCGCCUCCUCACUGCCAUUGGGUCCCUG